UGCAACAACAGGCAUCACUGAUUGGAUGAUGGAUCCGGUAGCCUUUUGAACCGGAAGUUGUUCUGCCGAAUGCAUUUUUACAAACAUGAACGUGACGAGUGAUCCACACGUUGCUUCCGCUAUUCGGGAAUAUUUUGAUUCAGGGCAUACAUACGAAGUUAUUCUGGAUAUGCUCAAGACUAACCACGAAAUUUCAAUUAGUUUACGUACACUGAAGACGCAUUUAAAAGAAGCAGGACUGUAUAGACGUGGCAACUACUCUCCUCUACCUGAGGUGAGGCGUGCUAUUUUAAAUGAGCUUCGAGGACCAGGACAAUUGUUUGGCUAUCGGACCAUGUGGCAAGUUCUCAAACAAAAACACAAGCUACAUGUUAAACGUAGUGUAGUUAUGGUGUUGCUAAGACAGCUGAAUCCUCAAGGAAUCGUUUCUAGAACUCGCAGGAGGUUUACAAGACGCACGUAUCACUCCAUGGGACCCAACUACAUAUGGCAUGUAGAUGGUUAUGACAAACUGAAACCCUUUGGCUUUGCCCUGUCAGGAUGUAUUGAUGGGUUUUCAAGAAGAAUGAUGUGGCUUGUGUGUGGAGCAUCAAACAACAAUCCAGCCGUCAUUGCUCAUAAUUUUAUAAACUGUGUCAAGAGUCUUGGUGUUAUACCAAUGAGAUUACGAACAGACCUCGGGACAGAGAAUGGGACAAUGGCUGCUAUUCAGUGUACUCUCCGUCACGCGCAUGCGGAUCAUUACGCCGGUUCCUUAAGCCACAGUUACGGAUCGUCAACAGGGAAUCAACGCAUCGAGUCAUGGUGGUCUUUUCUUAGAAGAGGAAGGUCUCAGUUUUGGAUGGACCUGUUUGGAGACCUAAGAGAUUCUGGAAACUUUAAUGGAAGCCACGAACACCAAUGCUUGUUGAGAUUCUGCUUCAUCAAUGUACUACAGAAAGACCUGGAUGAAUGCAAAGAUCUCUGGAACAAACACAGGAUCCGUCCAAGCAGACUUGCAUCAUGUCCUGGGGGAAUUCCAAAUGAGCUCUAUCUCUUGCCUCACAGAUAUGGUUCAAGGGACUGUGGAUUUGCUGUUGAGGAGAGAGAACUGGAUGUAUUUCCCGAGGGGAGGCAAGCUAUUGAAUUGUGUGGUGACUCAAACAUUGAGGAAUAUCUACACCACACUGUACAACAAAACAGACUGGAGCAGCCACAAGACUGGGAGUCAGCCACAGAACUGUAUCUAGCCCUGAAGAAUGUAGCUGGAUUUUAGACACUAACUACUGAACUCCUGUUUUUAGUGUAUGUUCCUCUUGCUAAAGUGAAACCUAUAUUGUUAACAUCAUUUGAUAUACAGCAACUGAUUAGAAUUAAAACACUCAAUGUUGAACCACAAUUUAAACUUUCAAAUGUGCCAAGAGCAGCAGAGUUUAACUAAUGGGUGACCUCUCAAACAAAUAAUAAAAAAAUCCCUGAGAUACCGAGUGAAUGAAAUCUUCUGUAAC